AUGACAACAAUGGAAGGGGCCAGCGGGUCGAGUUUUGGAAUAGACACGAUUUUGUCCAGCGCCAGCUCGGGCAGCCCCGGAAUGAUGAAUGGAGAUUUCCGCCCGCUCGGUGAGGCCAGGACCGCGGAUUUUAGGAGUCAGGCCACCCCGUCCCCCUGUUCGGAGAUCGAUACCGUAGGAACAGCGCCUUCUUCUCCCAUCUCGGUCACCAUGGAGCCCCCGGAGCCGCACCUGGUGGGAGACGGGCCCCAGCAUCACCACCACCUCCACCACAGCCAGCAGCCGCCGCCGCCUGCAGCUGCUCCGACGCAAACUUUGCAGCCUUCGCCCCAGCAGCAGGCGCCGCCGCCGCCACAGCAGCCGCCACCGCCCGCCCAGCAGCUGGGCACGGCCGCCUCGGCCCCCAGGACUUCCACCUCUUCUUUUUUAAUUAAGGACAUCUUGGGCGACAGCAAACCUCUGGCGGCGUGUGCACCCUACAGCACCAGCGUCUCCUCUCCCCACCACACCCCGAAGCAGGAGGGCAACGCGGCGCACGAGAGCUUCAGGCCAAAGCUGGAGCAGGAAGACAGCAAAACCAAACUCGACAAGCGGGAGGACUCCCAGGGCGACAUCAAAUGCCACGGAACAAAGGAGGAAGGAGACAGGGAGAUCACUAGUAGCCGAGAGAGUCCCCCCGUGAGAGCCAAGAAGCCUCGAAAAGCCAGGACGGCUUUCUCGGACCACCAGCUCAACCAACUGGAGCGUAGCUUUGAGCGGCAAAAGUACCUGAGUGUGCAGGACCGCAUGGACCUGGCAGCCGCGCUGAACCUCACUGACACCCAAGUGAAGACCUGGUACCAGAAUCGCAGGACCAAGUGGAAGCGGCAGACCGCCGUGGGCCUGGAGCUCCUGGCCGAGGCCGGCAACUACUCAGCGCUGCAGAGGAUGUUUCCGUCGCCUUAUUUCUAUCACCCCAGCCUGCUGGGCAGCAUGGACAGCACGACGGCGGCGGCGGCUGCCGCGGCCAUGUACAGCAGCAUGUACCGGACUCCUCCAGCUCCCCACCCCCAGCUGCAGCGGCCCCUGGUGCCCCGCGUGCUCAUCCACGGCCUCGGGCCUGGGGGACAGCCGGCCCUCAACCCCUUGUCCAACCCCAUCCCCGGCACCCCGCACCCCCGGUGA